AUGCAGGGAUCCCUUGAACUCUUCAUCUUGCUUAUCUUGCUCCAAAAGAAUGCGGAGGCAAGCUCCACCGAAAACUCGGCCAAAGAGAUGUUUGAGGCGUGGCAGCAGUACCAGACAGCCUGCUAUCGCAAGAUCCUGGAGGACCCACGUCCCACAAGUCUGGUCUGCAACCGUACAUUUGACAUGUAUGCCUGUUGGGGCGAUGCUCUUCCGAACACCUCUGCCAAGGUCCCUUGCCCCUGGUACUUGCCUUGGCAUCAGCAUGUUCGAGGUGGCUUUGUGUUCCAGAAAUGUGGCCCAGACGGACAGUGGGUGGUGGAUGAGUCGGGGCACCCUUGGCGAGAUCACUCUCAGUGCGAAGCCAUCGACAAAGAGCUCCCCUUCCAGAGACAUUUGUGGAUUCUGGAGCAGUUCCGACUGAUGUACACAGUGGGCUACUCCCUUUCGUUGGUGGCUCUGCUUGCGGCCUUCGUCUUGUUGGCAGCUUUCAGGAAACUCCGUUGCAUCCGCAAUUACAUCCACAUGAAUCUCUUUGCGUCCUUCAUGCUGCGGGCCGUCUCCAUCCUCACCCGGGACACCCUCCUGUGGCUGCACUUCCCCAAGGACUUCCAGAAGGAAGGCGACCUCUCCCACCUUCCUUUGGGACAGGCUGUGGCCGGCUGCUGGCUGGCGCAGAUCUUAACCCAGUACUGUGUCUGUGCAAACUACUACUGGCUCCUGGUAGAAGGCCUCUAUCUACACAACCUGCUGGGACCAAUGGUCUUUUCGGAAGAAAGCUAUUUCUCAGGCUACCUGCUCAUUGGAUGGGGGGCACCAACCCUUUACGUCAUCCCUUGGGUGAUUGUGAGAUACCUCUAUGAAAACAACGAAUGCUGGGAGAGAAACGACAACAUGGGCUAUUGGUGGAUCAUCCGUUGCCCGAUUCUGCUAGCAAUCUUUGUCAACUUUGUGAUAUUCAUACGCAUCAUCAAGAUCCUGGUCUCCAAACUCCGGGCGCAACAGAUGCGUUACACAGAUUACAAAUUCAGGUUGGCCAAGUCAACGCUUACCCUCAUCCCGCUGCUGGGGAUUCAUGAGGUGGUAUUUGUGCUGGUCACCGAGGAACAUGCCCAGGGCACCUUGCGCUACGUCAAAUUCUUCUUCGAGUUGUUGCUCAACUCCUUCCAGGGCUUGCUGGUGAGCGUCCUCUACUGCUUUGUCAAUAAAGAGGUCCAAUCCCAGAUCCAAAGGACCUGGCAGAGGUGGAAGCUGGGCAGCAGCCUGCUGGAGAAGCAGGGCCAGAGCCUCAGCCACUGGGCUUCCUGGCACAGCCGAAGCAGCCGCCGCAAAAAGGUUGCUUAUCCUGCGCUCCACAGACACCUGGGAGAAAAAGGCCUCUCCAACGGCCUUGGCAACACAGCAGGUGCUCCACAGGCACACAUCAGCACCAAAUCUUUUCAGUACAUCCCCGUCAGGGUUAAGUCACAGGACAAGGUUGUGGGGUCCGCUGUCACCAGGCAGACUUUUCCGAGCCCUGGUUGCCCCCCAAACAGCUGCUGA